AUGUUUUGGAGGUUUGGCGGUUACGCCAACAUCUCCACUAUCGACACAAUCCUCGACAAGCCCGAUUUCACUCUCGAGGAGCUGCUCGACGAGAGCGAUCUGAUCCAGGAGCUCAAGCAGCACAACUCAAAACUCAUCGAAUACCUGCGCAGCGACAAGGUCCUCGACAACCUACUCGAUUAUGUAGUCGCUCCCAAGCUCGAGACCGUCGAGUCCCCCGACGAGUCCGCCACAGAACAAGAACAAGACCCCAAGGCCAAGAACCGCUUCUCCUUCUCGCGGCCGCGCGCAUCCUCCCGCGCCACCGACCCGGGCAACGAUGAGGAAGAGGAGCUGGAAAAGAAGCGCAAUCGCUACGCAUUUGUAGCUUGCGAGAUUCUCAGCUCCGACACCUGGUCAAUCUACGAGGGUCUCGCUGACAACCGACAAUUGAUUCGCGAUUUUUGGAAGUUCUUGUCCCGCCCUGCCCCGCUCGAUCCCCUCCAGGCGAGCUACUUUACAAAGGUCAACGAGUCCUUGUUCGAGAAGAAGACCGAGGAGAUGAUGCAACUUCUGGUCUCUCUUCCUGAUGCUGUUCCCAAUUUACUCAAGCAUGUCGAGUGCCCCAUGGUCAUGGACUUGCUCCUCAAGAUUAUCGCCCUAGACCGUAACGAUGGCGGCGGGGGCAUAGUUGAGUGGCUGUACUCCAAAGACAUUAUUCCGAGCCUCCUCUCCUGCCUUGGCCCCGAGAACAACUGGGUUGUUCAAACCGCUGCUGGUGACUUCAUCAAAGCCAUCAUCACCAUCUCGGCCAACGCCUCCCAAAACGAACAACAAUGCAUCGGUCCCAACGAGCUCACCCGUCAACUUGUCUCCAAGCCAUGCAUCGAGCAGCUGAUCGGUUACAUGCUCGGCGGUGGCAACCCUUUGACCGUCGGUGUCGGCAUCAUCAUCGAGGUCAUCCGAAAGAACAACUCCGACUAUGAUCCCGACAUGGGCACCGAGUCCACCGCUGCGCCCUCAAGCCGCGACCCCAUUUAUCUGGGAACUCUCCUCCGCCUCUUUGCCGAGAACGUUCCCAAGUUCAUGAGCCUCAUCAUGGACGUCCCUUCCAGGAAGGACAAGAUUGACUCAACCUUUGGUGUCAAGCUCGAGCCCCUUGGCUUUGAUCGCUUUAAGACAUGCGAGCUCAUGGCCGAGCUGUUGCACUGCAGUAACAUGGGCUUGCUGAAUGAACCGGGUUCCGAACAGAUCACAGCUCAGCGUGAUAUUGAACGACAACGUCUUCGUAAGGAGGGCAAGCUGGACCCUGUUAAGGACGAGGAGGACCAGUCUGCCGAUGACCUUACCAUGCGAACCCCUGCGCCCGAGGAGAAGCGACGUCUCGAGGUGACCAACGCAGAUGAUGAUGGUUUCGAGGAGGUUGAGCCAAGCAAGGAGAUGAGCGAGGACACCUCCCACGAGUUCGUCAAGGCAGAGGAUGACAUCCCAGCUGUUUCCACAACUUCGCUAUCUGUUAAGGACGAGGAUGACUUUGUUGAUGAGCCGCUCAGCCCUCCCCAGCCACUCGUCAAGGUGGAGGAGACACAAUUUGAAGAGCCAGACCUGAUGGUCGCACCUUUGUCGCCAACAAAGGUCAAGGCCACUGAGCCCACGUCUGCAGAGCCAGCAAAGGCUGGUUCUGACGAAAAGACGGAAUCCAAGGAGGCCAGCAACGAAAAGGCCGAAGAGCAGAAGCCCAUCGAUUCGAAACAGGAAGAUGCUCCUAAGGAGGACACCUCUGACUCUUCAAUCGUCUUGACUCCUGCUCCUUCCGAGCCCGAGACCAAGACUCAGUCCAGCGAUGCCUCGGCCAAGGGUGACGAACAGUCCCGUAGCUUUUCUCCCCAACCCGAGGACACACCUGCGCCUCUAUUCUCUGCUCCGCCUGCGCCUGAAUCAGGAGCUGAUCGCCCACCUCAGACACCUGAGAAACCAUCUGCUGAUGCCCCCAAAACUGAAGAGGGUUCAACAUCUGAGGCCAAGGAGGAGGACGCCAAGGACUCCAAGCCUACAGAAGAGCAACCCGCUGGUCAGACAGAGGAGCCUGUCGUGGGAGACUUCCUCAAGCACCAAUUCGUAGAGUACCGCGUUGUACCAACGAUUCUUAACUUCUUCUUUGGAUACCCAUGGAACAACUUCUUGCACAACGUCGUCUACGACAUUGUUCAGCAAGUGUUCAACGGCCCCAUGGACCGCAGCUACAACCCCACACUGGCUGUUUCCCUGUUUGAAGCUGCCGACGUCACAAGCGCCAUCAUCAACGGCCAAAAGGCCAGCGAUGAGUCCCAGGCCAAGACCAAGACCCGCAUGGGUUACAUGGGCCACCUUACUCUGAUUGCCGAAGAGGUUGUCAAGUUCACCGAACGUCACCCCCCGGAGCUCCUCUCGGAGACAGUCCUUGACCGGGUUAUGAGCCAGGAAUGGAUUAGCUACGUAGAGGGAUCGCUUGCCGAAACACGCGAGCGAGAUAACGCCAUUCUUGGAGGCGUACGACCAGAGGUUGCUAUGGGUAACCGAGCCAUGGGCGGUGGCAGUGGACUGGGAGGCGUUGGCCUUUCUGGAUUGACUGGAGGUUCCGGAAGCAGCGGCUCCAGUGCCCUGGCUGAAGCUGGCUUGAACGGUGGCAUCGAGCUCAACCAGGACAGCGGAAACGGCAUCGGUCCUUUCACCAUCAGCGCCGGAACAUUAAUGUCUGGCUUCGGCAGUAGCAGUGACGAGGAGGACGAAGAUGGAGAUGGAGACGAGGAAGACGUCAAUUCUGAGGUGAGUGGUGCUUCCGCUGAAGAUGGGGAGGAUCGAGGAAUCCCUGGAUACCCUGGCAUAACGGAAACUCUUGAGGAUGUGAUUAUGCGUUCCCCAGAGCCUUACCGAGCCGAUUCGCCUGAUUUCGAGGAUCUGCAGGAUGUCACAAGAGGUUCCCCCAUGGACCUGGAUGGAUCUGGAGCCCCGGCUCAGGGAUCGGCUCAGGAUGAAGAGCAACAGCACGCGGAACAGUUCCGAGCUUACACGGACCCUUUGAACAACUCUGGAGGCUCGAUGGACCCUCCAUCGAUUCCCCCACCACCUCCGCCCCCGCCUCCGCUGAACAUUCCCCCUUCUCGGGCGAGACUUCAACUGGCGGCUCGGUUGGCGAUGCAUCAGAAGAACAACCAAGCACAGUCAUCUGGUAACUUGAGUAACGACGAUGAUGACGACGAUAACACCGCAGAUCCUUUUGCCGAUACAGAAGAGGACUUUGAUGAUGAUGACCAACCUCAAGAUGAUGACGGGCGGGGCGCAUGGUGGAGAGACGUGGUGAGAGAUCGGGGAGGCAAGCCAGACGGGAAUGAAUCAGAUGAUGAACGCGACGACGACGAUGACGACGAAUUUGGAGAUUUUGCAAUGCCCGAAGACGACGCAACAGGUGAUCAAUCCGUCCUACGGCCUCAGCCCGUGAACCCCGCCAAGGAAGCUUCAACUCGCGGACUCAGCGGCUUAUGGCCUUUUGGUCUAUCAAAGGCCGAAAAGGAAAAGGAAGGAAAUAAGUCGGCGGUCGAAGAAGAAGGAACACCAGCAGCGGACGACACAAAGGCUGUGGAGGUCACGGAGGCGAAGCGAAGAACGAGCAUUGAGGAUCCUGAUGACGAUGAGGUAGAAAUGCAUUUUGUCCCUGACUCGCUCCCAAAGCCAAACCCCUUUGACUUGACUUUGCAAGUGAGCACUAACAAGAGAAUGGAUACAUGUUCUUUGGUUUACCUUGUCAAUAUGAACGGCAGAUAUCUCAGCCACAGUCAUCUAGGCAUUCUCUGGGGUACCCUGUACGAACGUCUGCUGCUAUUGGUUGCUGGGCUGUUAACCAUCAUCGACAGUGUCAAUAGUUGGAUAUUGUACCCUCAAAAUGUCCCAACGUCAAAGCCUUCCCAGGCUCCAGACCACCUCAUCCAAGCUAUCGCGUCAACCCUCUCCAUCCCCCUCGACGACAUCCUUCUAUUCGACUCCUUCUCCGAACUAGGCGGCGACCAGGACUCAGCUCAACAAGUCUGUCUCGCCUGUCGAAGCAAGGGUUUGGACGUGAGCGGCAAAGACAUCCUAGACUGUCCUACUCUAGCCGAGCUACAGACGCGCAUCACGCCGCGUGGGCUAAGUUUGUCGUCUUGCAGCAGCAGCAGCAACAGCGACGACUCUUCGGGAGGCACAUACUACUAUUCAUCCGAUGAGCAGCUGUCGACGCAGGGAGAGAGAUGCAGUGGUAGGGCUGCAGGGGACGACGGCGCUGUGGAGUCUAAUUUGUCGAGCUUACGGCUGUCAUUUCCCACCGUCAGUGCUGAGUCUAAUAAGUUUACAGGCCUAGGGCUAGCCUGUUGCUGCAUGGUUGUUACCCCCAGGGCAGGCCCAUUUGACGGUCAAUCAGUAGCUCUUAUUAGGAUCGACUCGGUCUCUGGAUUUUCGCCCAUCAUCACCAACAACAACAACUUAUCACCAGCCGAGUCCCAUCUCGCAAAGUCGCAGAUUUCUCUCUUGCGCAUGGAACACGGCCCCCAGAUCUGGAUCCCAAUUGACCAGAGUCCCAACGACAAGAGGGCGCUGCAAACAUGGGUGCAGAAUAUGGAUUCGCCAACUUACAAGGAGGUCAUGAAGCUUCAGAUUCCCGCCCGGCGCAGCCGUGUCGUCACGAGAAAGAGAAGCACGCUUUCACCGAUUGAUAUCAAUGAGUUGGAAGGCUUUUGUCUCUCGCCCAUGCAGCAGCUUUAUUUUCAGGGCAACAACGACUCUAUUGAGGGAACAUGGACCAAGAGUGCCAUCCUCAAUGUCCAAGGCGGUGCGGAGCCAGCGGAUGUGGAUGCUGCUAUUGAUGCUGUCGUGGCAAGACAUUCUAUGCUCAGAGUCAGGUUCAGACAAACUGAAGGAAGAUGGGAGCAGUGUAUUUAUCCCGCUGCCCCGAGUUCGUAUCAUCUCACGCACCAUGUCGAUAUCGCUGAGGAUGAGAUACGCGAGUUGGUUGACGACAUGCAAGCGAGCAUCAACCCUACCAACGGACCUGCUUUUGCGGCAAUGUACGUGCAUAACCAGGAGAGACAAAUGCUGUACCUCUCGGCACAUCAAUUAGCACUGGACGAUGCAUCGUGGAAGAUUGUGCUGAGCGAUUUGGAUGAACUACUUCAAAAAGGCACCCUUUUGUCCGAAGGAUCGGCAUCGUUUAAGUAUUGGACAAAGUGUCAAAGCCGACAGAUGGCGCAGAGGUUAUUCAAGCCAACACUACCCUUUGAAGUGUACUCUGCCAAUUUGGAGUACUGGGCUCUCACGCAAGAAUCCAACACAUUUGGAAGCUCAUCACGCCUGUCGUUCAACCUCUCCCCCGAGCAAGCAUAUUCACUGGAACAAUCGUCCGCCCAGGUUUUGAGAACAGAUGUUUCGGAUAUCUUCCUGGCCGCCCUGCUACUAUCUUUCUGUCAAGUAUUCCCAGAGAGAAAUCUUCCGACAUUGUGGAAGCGAGAGGACGGAAGAGAUGGCGCGGAAAGUGAGUUUAACAUUUUGGAAACUGUCGGAUGGUUCGCUUCAUUAUGUCCUAUUGGUGUUUCCAUCGAUUCAGAAACGGAUUUGAUUCAGGCUAUUAUUUUGCUCAAGGACACACGCAGGGCUAUUCCAAGAUUUGGUGUUCCAUUCUUUACAUCUGAAUUCGCGACUAGUCAAGGCGCAGCUACGAACGUCCCCCUCGAAAUCGUCUUUAAGUUGAACGAUACAGCGAAGCAGCUCCAGCGCCAGAAUGGUUUGUUUGAACCAGUCGCAGCCCAAAACGAAAUAGCUGGUCUCAAGAGCACCGCAGGACCUAAUAUUGGACGGAUUGCUCUAUUCGAAAUCUCAGCAGCGCUGGAUACAUCUGGAGCUCAGAUCGACAUUGUGUACAACAAUACUUGCAGGCACCAGGAUAAGAUCCAGACUUGGAUUCGGACCUUUCAGCACCACGUCUUCGACGCCAUCACAAGACUGCAUACUCACGAACCGCAACUCACACUCUCCGACAUACCCCUCCUUCAAACGAGCUACCAGUCCCUCGGCCGCCUCUGUUCAGACCGCCGCGUCAACGUCAAGGAUAUCGAGACAAUAUACCCCGUGACACCAGCCCAGCAGGAAAUCCUCAUCGCACAGGCCCAAAACCCAGGGUCCUACCACUGUCAUGCCGUUUACGAGAUGGCCGCUCUUCAACUCCCUUUCGAUGUCACCCGGUUAUGCGAAGCAUGGGAAGUCAUCGUAUCCAACACGCCUGCCCUAAGAAGUAUUUUCAUCGACGCUGUUUCACGAGAGGGAUUGUUCGAUCAAGCUGUUCUCAGGAAGAUAUCACCGAGUAUCUUGUUCAUCGAAACGACAGACCCAGAUGAUGCUGUGGUUACGUUGCCGGCGAUGAAUACCCCAUUUGGAGAACCGAGACAUCGUUUGACAGUGUGUUAUAACCCUAUGAAGAUGAUUAUGAGACUUGACGCAAGCCAAGCAAUCUGCGACUUGCCGAGUCUUCAUCUCUUAAUAGCAGAACUCACACGCGUUUUCUCCUCGCAAAACCCUCAAGACAACUCCUCUCUGCACAACACAUAUCUUCACCACAUUUCCACCGUCGACACAGCCUACAGUCUCGAAGUUUGGAAAACAAGCCUCUCAAACGCAAAGCCAUGCAUCUUCCCUUCCUUAUCAUCAGCUGGGAACAGUACCUCCCACACGUGUCCCUUUGGCUUUGACAUCUCGCGAACUCAGAUCGAGUUUUUCUGCCAGCAGAACAACAUUGCUGCAGACGCUAUAUUCCAGCUUGCAUGGGCUCUUGUCCUGCGCGCAUUCGUAGGUACGCAGGAAGUUACUUUCGGGUAUCAAUUCAACGCACGCGAUGAAGACCUCCUUUGUGGAAUUACGUCUCUGGUGGGAAGUUUCGCUACGCUUUUGCCAUGCGUUGUGGAUCUUUCUGCUUCACAAUCUUUGGGAGAAUGUCUCGUUUCUAUUAGCGAGACUUUUUCGAAUUCACAGAGACACGAUAAUAUCACUUUGACGGAAAUCCAGCACGCACUUGGGCUGAAGGAGAAAACACUCUUCAACACAUGUCUUUACUUUGAGACUCCAGAAGAGCUCGACACAGGUGAUGAGUUGACAGCUGUGCUGGUCACCUCUGGUCGCAAGACAGAUUGCGAUGUUAGUCUUACGCUAAUGUUUGUCGAUGAGUACCUCCGCGGGGACUUGACGUCGCCAUGUCUCUCUGCGUCGCAAGUCCAAAGUGUCAUGAGUAGCUUUCACGCAGCGCUAUCUCACAUUCUCGAAAGUCCUGACAAAGCCAUCGUCGAGGCAGAUCUUCUGACAGACAAGGACUAUGCUUCCCUCGUCGUGCAAGACUGGGACUUUGUUCAGCAGUCGCAAAAAGUGUCUGCUUGUUUACACGAUUUUAUUCUUCAGCACAGUCUUACCAGACCCAACGCUCCGGCUGUGUGCUCCUGGGACGGCGAUAUUACAUAUGUUCAACUCGCGACUCUUGUACAGCGACUCAAGACAUAUCUCGUCAACCUCGGUGUUGGACCUGGAACUGUUGUCCCUGUUGUUUUGGAGAAGAAUCACUGGGCACCUGUCAUUAUCCUCGCUGUUCUUCAAGCAGGCGCCAGUUUUGCACCGCUUGAUUGUCAAGAUCCUGCGACUGCAAAAUCGACAAUCGACUACCUCAACCCGCACGUCGUUCUCGCAACAGAGACUGCGUGGAAGGAUCUAAGUACCCUGGCUAUUAACCUGGUUAUCAUCAACGAUACAUUCUUCGCUAUGCUUACGCCUUAUGUAUCAGCCAUCGGCAAGGACGCUACUCCCGACCACGCAGCAUGCAUUUUUGUCACGCCCAAGAAGUCAAGGAGUAUCUUUUUCACCCACGCUUCUCUCCUGUCUACUUUGAUUGCCCAAGCCCAGCCCUUCAAACUCAACAGCGAAAGCCGCGUUCUGCAGCUCUCAGCCUUUAAUGUCGACAUCUCGCUUGUGGAAAUUCUCGGCACGCUCGUCCACGGCGGAUGUGUCUGUGUUCCGCACCCCCACGACAGAGCGCACGAUGUAGCUGGUGCCAUGGCACGUAUGGACGUUACAUGGUCAUACAUGACGAGUCUUCUCGCGCGAAAGAUCAAUCCUGACUCGGUACCCAGUUUAAGAACGCUGUGCUUUCGCACGAGAAGACUUGACCCCGAUACAUAUAUGCCCUGGCUGGAAGACCAUGAUGUGUUGGUCGCGUAUGGCGCACCUGAUAUCUGCCCCCUAGGCAUUUCCGUGACUGCAGUUACAAAGCACAGCAAUCUCAAUGUCAUCUCACCACCAGUGACAGGCAGAUUCUGGGUUUUGAAUCCCGACAAUCCCAAGAAACUCAUGCCUGUCGGUGCAAUCGGCGAAUUAGCCAUCGACAGUCCUCUCGCCACACCUCAUCGCUUCGCCUUGGACAAACCUCUCCAAGCACCAGAAACAUAUCAGUCUGCAGACGAAAAGCCUCGUGCGCGAUAUCUAAAAACAGGUCAUCGCGUACGCUACCUCGACGACGGAACAGUCCAGUUCAUUUCCAGCGUCCGCGACGAGGUCAAAGUCGGCGGCUCAAACGUCGACGUCGCUCAAGUCGAGCAAAUUAUGCGUCGCUGUCUCGGCACAGGUAUCGACGUGGUAGUAGACUCGAUAACCACACGCGACUCGGGGCCUUUACUAGCUGCGUUCCUCGAACUUGGACCUCAUAUAUUCCAACCGAACGAAACCCUUCGGGAUCUUAGUCCUGAAACUAGAGAAAAGACGUACAUCGCCAAGAAAAUGUUUGAAACUGCUCUUGAGAGUUCAGCUGCUCGGGAUCGUCUUCCAAGGCACUGCAUACCCUCCGUCUUUAUCCCUGUUCAGUCCUUCCCCAUGUCUACAUCCCUCAAAGUCAAUCGAAGAAAGCUACAGCGCAUGGUAUCCGAUAUCUCAACACACGACGUGCUGCACAUGUCCCGCGUUCCCAACCCAGGCGAGAUCCAACGCAUCGUCAUAUCACAGAAACCUCUUCCCAUCACAGGUCCAGAGGAAGCCAUGCGCGAACACUGGGCCAGUGUCAUUGGCGUUUCCGUCUCUGCCAUCAAAGGCUCCAGCAGUUUCUCUUCCGUAGGUGGAAACAAGUUCCUUGCUGCUCAGUUGGUCGUUGCGUGUCGCAAAGCCGGACUUUACGUAUCAUUGACGGAUCUUCUCAGCGAGGCAAGUCUUACGGAGAUAUGUCGCUCGUCAGAGUCGUCUACUCGCAAACAAACAAAGAUCAAGACCCUUGCUGCGAAGAAACUAGAUAUGAAGUUCGUCAAAGAUGUCAUCGCGCCGCAACUUCACUGUUCAAGCCCAGACGUUCUCGACUUUACAGAAGCUUCCGCACAACAAGUCCAAGGUCUCGAGCUAGGCAUGUUCAGAACCCGCGCCGACAUAAUCUGUCUCGCGCUGCGCUUCAACGGCCACGUCGACCCGUCUCGUCUCGAAACAGCGUGCAGAUCACUUGCAAAGAUGCACGCCGUCCUCAACGUAGCGUUUGUAACGCACGAGCAUCGCAUGUAUCAAGUCCACUGCGCUUCUUCCACCCCUCCCUUUAUGACAAUCUCAUGUCCCCCUGCUGCUCUCGACGACGCAACGCAAAAUAUCGUCAGGGAGAACCAGAACUUGUCUUUUGAUCCUGCAGUACCUGUUACAAAAUUUACUUUCUUGAAUGGUGAUACACAGGGCUCAUUGAUAAUUCGUCUCAGCAAGACGCAAAUCGACGAUGUCGCUGCACAUCUUCUCAUCCACGACCUCGCAUCUCUCUACGACGGCGAUUCAACACAGGAUAUUCCUCGCUCUUCAUAUCUAGACUACACACGCGCUUCGAGGGUUUCUUACCAGCAAGGUCUCGAAUACUGGAACUGCCAAUUGGACAACGCAAAGAUGACAAAGAUCAUCGCAUCCACCCGUCCCGUCCCUCCAGCAUCAGUAUCCGAAAUCCGCACGAUCAAGCAGACAACUUCUCUAGGCCAUCUCGCACCCUACGGAAUGACGCCCGACGCAGCUCUCAAAGCAGCAUGGGCCAUCGUCCUCUCCACCAUCUCCAGCACCCACGACGUUCUCUUCGGCGAAGCAAUCCAAUCCCAAUCUCCCAGCCCGGACAUCAUAGGUCCCAUGUCAAACAUCCUCCCCGUCCGUGUUCAAUUUCCUCCAAGUCACAGCACGCCCCUCGACUUGAUGAACUGCAUCCAACUUCAGCGCCAAUCGCACGCUCGCCACGAAGCAUUCGGUAUUCAGGAACUCGUCAGCAAAUGUACACCCUGGCGCUCCUGCACGAGAUUCAGCACCAUUGUACAGAACUACGUCCCGGGUUUACUAGACGGUUCUUCUACCAUGAACGUCCACGGCGCAACGUUUACAUACCGCAUGAUUGAAUCAUGGACAAAGGACUUUCCAGAUCUUUUCGUCAGAUCAACCGUCGAAGCCAACGACGUCGUAACCCUCGAGAUCAAAUACUCUGAAGAACGCCUUUCCCAUUCCUUUGUACAAUCAUGUCUGAGUCUUCUCGUCGCAGCUUGGGAAACGCUCACGCAUCCUGAUAUGAUCCAUCAACCGAUGAUACACUCAUCCGACGAAAUCGCCCGUUCAGAGCGCAAGAUUCCCUUUCCCGCGCGACAAUCCCCUCCCGUCGAAUCCCACAUCGACAGCGUGCAACGAAAACAACUCCAGGAAUCGAUUGUUUCGGUAUGGACAAAAGUGAUUAAUCCCUCACCGUCCAUCCCAAAGAAUAAACUCCCCUGCACCCCCUUCUACAGCAUCUCGCAAACCAUCCUCCCCGCACACACUCUCGCCUCUGAGCUCAACAGCACACACUCUCUAUCUCUCACAGCAGAGGAUAUCCUCGAUCAUCCAAGUAUGAACGCCCAACUAGAUCUCAUAGCAGGCACACUCCCACCCAAACACACCUCCAGCAUCUUAUCCACACUCAAGCCCAAACCCGCUCAAGACCGCUCCCUCCGCGCCAGUCUCCGCAGCUUCAAGAACCGAAACAGCGUUCUAAGCCUCCGAACGAACUGGAUAAAGACCAAGCGCGCGCCAUCAGAGAUAUCAGACGAAACAACAGCGCCAGCCACAAUCAUGGAAGAAGUUCCCACCAUCGUGAUCCCCGAGAUAGGAUCGUCGGAUACACCCGUGAGCAUAAGCAACCAUUUAGUUGAACUGGAUGCUGGACCUGUUGUGAAUCUGCUAAGUCCGGUUCAGAGCGAUGAUCGGAGAAGUAGUGGUGGUUCGUCGCGGAUGAUUAUUGAUGAAGUGAGCUAUACGCCUUCGCCGAGGAUGUCGACGUGGGGAAGUAGAUUUGAACUACCAAGGAGAGGAACAUCACCCAUGACUCGCAGAUGA